AUUAACAUGGAGACCGCAUCCAAGAUGGCUGUCUGUUGUCAAUACGCAACCAUUGGUUGAUGCAUUCGAAGUCUGAGCAGGGGAACGCUACAAUUUCAACCCUUUCAGCUGGUCCCCUUGAUUUGAGCUUUUUCCCCGAGCGAAAGUGGUUGAAGCGAUGGCUAGGUCGUAAAAAUAUCGUGGUUGGACAACCCCCUUUUAUCGUCUGGUGAGGACAGUUUUUGUUUGUGUUAGGGCUCUCGUUCCGCCUCUUCCUCCCAGCUGAUAAGCAUUGUGAAGAAUGUUUAUGUUGUUGAAGAAGACAUAGCUAUUGUGGUAAACAAACUUCAGUUUUGUCAUUUGCUUGUCCCGGCUAGAGACUGAGUGCAGGAUCAUGGGUAACACAGGUGACCGGAUGUCCGGUGACCGCCAUGGUACCAAGGCCCAUCGUUCCGAUAGCCGGGGCAGUGAUAAAGAUCACGAGCCAAGCAAGAUGGUGGACAGCACCGAUGACCCUAACAUCUUCAACACGCAUGGACUGGAGCCCUCCAAGGUGUCCGAUAAGGAGGAGCCUGACCUGGAUGAUCUAGUGAAGACAGGGCCUCAGUCCAGACCCACAGUUAUCCGCUGGGCUGGGGGAGGGAAAGAGGUCUACAUCGCUGGCUCGUUCAACAACUGGGGCCACAAGAUCCCUCUCAAUAAGAGCCACAAUGACUUUGUAGCGAUCCUGGACUUGCCAGAAGGAGAGCAUCAGUACAAGUUCUUUGUGGACGGACAGUGGGUCCAUGACCCAUCAGAGCCAGUGGUGACCAGCCAGUUGGGUACCAUCAACAACCUGAUUCAGGUGAAGCAGUCAGACUUUGAGGUGUUUGAUGCUCUGCAAGUGGAUUCCCUGGAGUCCACCGAUACCUCGGAUCUGUCCAGCUCUCCUCCAGGGCCCUAUGGUCAGGACCAGUACAUGUUCAGACCUGAGGAGCGCUUCAAAUCCCCGCCCAUCCUGCCGCCCCAUCUCCUCCAAGUCAUCCUCAACAAGGACACCAACAUCUCCUGUGACCCAGCCUUGCUGCCUGAACCCAACCAUGUGAUGCUCAACCAUCUUUAUGCUCUCUCAAUAAAGGAUGGAGUGAUGGUGCUCAGUGCGACUCACAGAUAUAAGAAGAAAUAUGUCACAUCUCUGCUAUACAAGCCCAUCUAAACCGUGUGUACUGUAGAGGGCAGCAUGUUAACACUCUACUUGGUACAACCAUCACAUGUAGCUGACAUUGCACUAAACUAACAAUGUACCGAUGAGCUGGGUCCCCAUUGGCUUAGACCGGAGGCGCAUGUCAAGUCACAACCUUUUCUGUGUAAUGAUCUUCAGGGCUCCAGAAGGGCUGAAAGUAGUGCGCUAUGUAGAGAAUAGGGCCGUGUUUGUGACUCAGGCCUGUGGCCCCUUCUCAAGGAAGAAAUACUGUACGUUUACUGUGGCAAUUUACCAUGAUAAAUCCACAGGUUGAUAGCAAUAAGGAAAGGAAGUAGUGAGGGGCUGUGUGUGUUUAUGUUUGCUCCACUUAUAUUGUUUGCAUGUGGGUGUGUAGAAAGAACAAUUGGUGCCAUUGAGAGUGUUAAGCUUUGGUCAAAUGUCUGCUGAUGGGACUAAUUACAAUCAUGAUGAUAUUUAUUAAAUCAGCUUUUAAAGAACAUGGAUAUGGAAGGAGGGCCCUUGAAUAUUACUGUCUUUACACUGCUAUUACUGUAGUUAGUAAUAAUAGGAACUCUACUCAAUGGUUCUUGAAGGGUCUUCCUUCUUGAUGCACAGUAAUAAAAGCAUGGUAUGUAAUUGGAUAGGCUUUCCAUUUUACUGAAUUGGAUUUCUGUUAAACUCUUAACAAUAUAUGGGUAUUGUAUAGUAUAUCCCAAAGCCAUAUGUUGUAGAUGUUUUUGUCGCAAAUAUACAGGUACAUAAAUGUGGUAAAAGGUCAAUGGAAUCCAAACAGUUAGGGAUAACUGGAACCCUUACCCUAACCCCCUUUUUUUAUCUGAAAAUGUACAUUUUCUCCUAGCUGGCAAUCCUUGACAUUCCUUGUGCAAUCUCCCCAUUCAGUAUGCAGCUGGAUUUCCAUUUAGGUAACAUUCCCCAGGCUAAUGCGCACCGCUCAUAUCACCAUGGAGCACCAACCUAAUGACAUUAGCCAUUACCGAGCAUUUGUCAUCUUUUUAUUUCACUGAAUCAGAAUACUGCGAGGUGUGGCAUAAAAUAUCAUACAAACGCUUGUGUGUGAUCAUACAGACAAACGCUUGUGUGUGAUCAUACAGACAAACGCUUGUGUGUGAUCAUACAGACAAACGCUUGUGUGUGAUCAUACAGACAAACGCUUGUGUGUGAUCAUACAGACAAACGCUUGUGUGUGAUCAUACAGACAAACGCUUGUGUGUGAUCAUACAGACAAACGCUUGUGUGUGAUCAUACAGACAAACGCUUGUGUGUGAUCAUACAGACAAACGCUUGUGUGUGAUCAUACAGACAAACGCUUGUGUGUGAUCAUACAGACAAACGCUUGUGUGUGAUCAUACAGACAAACGCUUGUGUGUGAUCAUACAGACAAACGCUUGUGUGUGAUCAUACAGACAAACGCUUGUGUGUGAUCAUACAGACAAACGCUUGCUUUGCAUCCACUGUAGCACAAUACGGCCAGCUUUCCCACAUCAACGUUAGUGUCAAGACUGGUGUUUGCGUCACAAGACGUGUGGAAAAGGUGCUGUCUGUUUGGGAGGAAGUAUCUGGGAAUGAGCAGAGAUAGUCAUUGAUUGUUGGAAAUAAGGUUUUUCAAUGACUAUAUGUGGAGCUUGGAAAUAGACUGAAAACAAACAUUUGGCUAGGUAAGUUGCAUUUUGAGGUUAAGACAUUUUGUGGUUGGAAUUACAGUCUGUAUUUUAGGAAUUUAGACGGACUAUCAACUUCUGACAGACUCAUUUAGUCUGGAAAAAUAAAACAGACACUUACCUGUUCUUGGGAAACUAAAAAGGAUUUGCAUAAUUCUGGUUUGGGGGAGGUUGUCAGGGUUAUCGAAUCAAGGUCAAAUCCUUUGUUUGCCAUGUGCUUAUUUAGGUAUGAAAGUUCAUAUUUGAAAAUUGGAGGCUAGACUUUGUCACAUUGAGUACAUGGAGUGGAUUGUAAGCUUUAAAGACUUUCACAGACUUUGAGUAUUCAUCGGUCAUGUUGUCAUAUUCAUUAUAUUUAUCCUAAAAGGCCCUCAUUGUGAUUACUCAAGUUAGAUUUGAUAUAUCUUUUGCGUUUCCACGGCAUCUCCAUACUGGUUUUAUUCAAGGAAAUCCAUUGACCUCUAUACCACAUAUAAUAUUAAGUAGGUGAGUGCGUAUGUAUUGGACUGACUCAACAUCACCCAUGUCAUGUUAAUGUGGCGCUAACCUGGCUGCCAUAGAAUGUUAUUUUCAUAACAAUGCUUCAUAAUGCAGAAAGCGCAUUUGCCAAACUCUAGAUACAUUGCUCUGGUAUGGCCUAUUCAAACCCAUAGGAUUCACUAAUAUCACAAUAGCUUUAAACUAAUGUAAAGCUUUCCCUUUAAAAAGGAGACAUUAAUGACAGAAUAUUAAUUAGGGGUUGUAGUUGUGGAAUGUUUGGUCGUGGCUGCUUGUUUCUGCUUUUGCCUUUAUGACACAAUGCUGUAAGCACUUUGGUUAUCCAUCCAGUUUGGGUACUAAUUUGUUUCCGUCUAAUGCUUUGAGUCAAACUCUUGAAUGAUAAAGAAGUGAUCCAGGCUAAUAUUGUACUGUAUCCAUUGGGCCUCAGUGUCCAUUGUUUUUGUUGCUGUUUUCUAUUUAUUCAGUAGGAAUCUAUUUAUAUGAUACAUCUGCAGUAUUCAUUGCCUACACCCCAAAUAAUAGUUUGUCUUGAAUGUUGUGCAUGAAUGUAAUGUUUUGUAUGAACAGUUAUGUCCUAUUGGCACCAUGCAUAGGGUGUUUCCCUUUCAGGUUUUGCUUCCCGGUCCCACCAUUCGCUACAAUACCAAAAGGCAAAAACCUCUUGAUGAGGUUGCUGAGUUUUCUACAAAGGUUAUUUAGUAUUAUAACAAUGGGUAAAACUUACAUUUUUCAUUAUGAUUAAAACAAAAUUUCAUUUCAUUUCUGUGGCCUGAGCAUUAGAACAUGCUGGUGUUCUGAUCAGUUAUAUAUUUUAAAGCUGUCGUUUUUUGCAUUUUUGCUCAGUCCUUUAAUUGUGGAAUAUUUGGUAUGGAAAUGUUGUAAAGGAUUUGUCUGUUUUAUUAAUAAUAUAAUCAUUUUGAUUUAAUAAGUGUAAAUAUGUGGGGAAAAAACUUUACGGCCGACAUUUCAAGAUUUUGUUUGGAGAUCUUUUGCUUGUGUUACCAAUAAUCAAUGUGUUUUACUGUGAGUAGGUAAUAUACUCCAAAGAUGAUAUAAAGAUCUAUAAGAUUUUAUUUAAAGAAACGGAGAAAAGACACUGCUUUUUGUCAGAAGUAUCUUACACUGUUUAUUAUACUAUUGGAUGUUGUAGUGCUGUAUAAGUUUGAAAGCAAAUAUUUUCAGAAUGCUUUGCAGCAUCAUGAUGUUGGUAGUGUUGAAGCUCUUUCACCCAAAUAAAAAGGGAGGGCAAGGUGACCCAGAAAUAUCAGUUGUACCUAGUGUUUUCCCUUCUGUUUAAUCACUCACUGACUGUAUUAAAUCUGAUUUGCUAUAUCUAGGCUAUAGGAAACAGAACAGAAAAAUCAUAUAUCCGUAUAGGUUGAGAUGUUUCUAUAUUCACAGGCACACAUCAUCAAAGUGAAGAAAUGCUUUUUAGGAUUUUCUUUUAAUUGUCAUUUUAACGCAAAAGCCUUUUUUGUCAUAGCACUGUGGUAACACAACGCAGGCCCAGGUACACACAUUGGCCAUCUUCAGAAACAGAGCCCAUGGAGGAGCUCGUUAGCUUCUUAAAACACAGAACCUGACAAACCAAGCUGCUUUUCGAAUAUAUAGCGUCAUAUAUACAAAUACUGCUAGACACAGCUACAUACUGCUGUUUCAUUCCUUUCCAAAGAACGCAUAGUAAAAUGGCAUGGUUAAAACUUUCUGUCAAUAAACUGUUCUACUCUUA